GGGAUUCCACACAGGAAGGUCACACCAUCCCCCACCAUCAUCAGGUUGAAGAUCUGAUUAUCAUGAAAGUUGAGAAUGAAGAAGAAAAGAUUGAUGUUUGGGAUGAUCAGCAGUCUAUGAAGGAGGAUGGAAUAACGGGGACAUUCAUAGAGGAGGACACUCCUACAAAGAUCAGCACAGGUGAGACAUAACAUUCUCUGCUCUCUGAUUGGUCCAGAGUCGGGCUGAGCAUAAGGUUUUCUCCAGACGCAAGUUUGGACUGAACCUUUGCUGGCAGCCCAGGCGUUCUCGGAGAACAUCUCCUCACUCAUAUCUACCUGAUCCAGAUGGAAUCUUGAUGGAAGUGAACUAACCCUCUCAUAUCUAUUGAUGAUGUUUUUCUAUUUUUCCAGGACAUGCCAUGGAGAAACCCUCAAAGGAUCGUCUCACUUUAUCUCCAGGUUGUAAAAUGGAAGAUGAGGACAUCACAGGAGAUUGUGGAGGAGAAAAGACAAUGAGCUCCACUAUGGAUGGAGGACUUCACAGUGUGGAGAGACCACGGAAUCCCUCCGACUCUGAGCAACCUCGUACCGUGGGGGGUGGUGCCGGGAUUCAGGAGGAUGAGAAAUUUUCCUGUCCUGAGUGCGAAAAAUGUUAUCCACGGAAAUCAGACCUUGUCAAGCAUCAAAAGAGUCACACAGUUGAGAAGCCUUUUCCUUGCCCCGAGUGCGGAAAUAGUUUCCUGUGGAAAUCGGCGCUUGUCGCACAUCAGAGAUCUCACACGGGGGAGAAACCGUAUUCCUGCCCUGAGUGCGGGAAAUGUUUUUCACGAAAAUCAGUGCUUGUCGUACAUCAUAGGUUCCACACAGGGGAGAAGCCGUAUUCUUGCCCUGAAUGCGGGAAAUGUUUCUCGUGGAAAUCAGACUUUGUUACACAUCAGAGAUCUCACACUGGGGAAAAGCCGUAUUCAUGUCCUGAGUGUGGGAAAUGUUUUUCACGGGGGUCCCAUCUUUACACACAUCAGAGAUCUCACACGGGUGAGAAGCCGUAUCCCUGUUCUGAGUGCGGGAAAUGCUUUUCCCAGAAGUGCCGACUUUCUGUACAUCAGACGGGCCACACAGGUGAGAAGCUGUAUUCCUGUCCUGAGUGUGAGAAAUGUUACCCAAGGAAAUCAGACCUUCUCGUACACCAAAAAAGUCACACAGGGGGGAAACGGUAUCCCUGCCCUGAGUGCGGAAAAUGCUUUUCACAGGAGGCCUAUCUUUCUGUACAUCAGAGGUGCCACACAGGAGAGAAUCUGUAUUCCUGCCCUGAGUGCGGGAAAUGUUAUCCAAGGAAAUCAGACCUAAUUAGACAUCAAAAACUUCACACGGGGGAGAAGCCGUAUUCCUGCCUAGAGUGCGGGAAGGGUUUUUCACAGAAGUCCAAUCUUUCUAGACAUCAGAGGUUGCACACAGGUGAGAAGCCGCAUUCCUGUCCUGUCUGUGGGAAAUGUUUUCGUCAUAAACUUUCGCUGGACAUACAUCAUAGAUGUCACACGGGUGAGAAGCCGUAUUCUUGUCCCGAGUGCGGGAAAUGUUUUUCAGAUAAGUCCAGUCUCUCCAAGCAUCGGAGAACCCACCUAAACCUUUGGGGUGUAUUAGAGUCCCCAGUCCAGGACUCCAGGAAAUGUCUUCUCUAGGAAUCAUACUUCAGAGGUCUCACAUACGGAAGAAGCAAACUUUGAUGCACACCGUGACUUUUAUAUUUAUGAUGUAAGAAACUUUUCAUCAGAAAAUAAAGAUUACGAAGUUUACAAA